AACCAGACGCCAGAUGAUAACUGUGCUUUCAAAAGCCUACAUCUGUCACAGUUGGAUGUAAUGAAUUACACAGGCGCGCGCGGAACGCACGUUCUUUCUAUAUCCUGGAGAUUCCACAGACGUCAAGUGUAACGAAAGUCAGCGUAUGGAACUAACUUACUUUUAACGUUUAGAAAAAAAAAUACUAUAUAGAAAAACGUUAUGUGAUUAUUUCUUCGGCUAUAUUUUAACUUAAAUAGUUUGUUCACAGUGUGGAAAAAAAUACAUUUGUAGGGCAUACCAACACAGGAAGUUUGAAGCUAUGCGAUUUGCGAGGUUGAACUUGCACCCGAUCCUCGGACUUGAGAAUUAAAAAAUGGACUUUCACUAUGAGGUUUACAAAGCGGUGUGUGACACUCGUGAUAAUAUGUGUGAUCUUAAUUCAGCUGGUCUGGUAUUACACCUCAGAGAAGCAAAGUUAUAGGUCUUUCAAACAAGUAAAUCUGCCAAAAGCGAAGAACAAGACCCUAUCGGGAUUAUGGCCUGGCAAAAUUGAUAUCCCUAUUCUGCUCUGGUGGGAUUCGGUAUAUACAGAUGUAGACGAAAUUAGACACUGUGGAGAAAAUAAAUGUAGACUGACAAAUAAAAGAGAAUUUCAAAAUCAUCACGACACGUCUGCUUUUCUGUUUUAUGGUUCCAAUUUUAAACCAUAUAACCUGCCGCUUCCAAGAAAACCUCAUCACCUCUGGGCCUUGAUGCACGAGGAAUCUCCAAGAAAUGCCUACAUUCUUUUACACGAGCCGGCUUUAUCUAUCUUCAACUUUACUUCCACUUAUAGUAUGCAGUCUGAUUAUCCAAUUACUACGCAAUGGUUACAGUGUCCUGAAUGGUUGCAAGACAAGAAGUACGUUCUGCCAUUGGUGGAUAAAAAUAGACUUCGCAAACUUGGCUUGGCGCCAGUUUUAUAUUUGCAAAGCGACUGCGAUGUUCCUUCCGAUAGAGACAGUUUUGUGAAAGUUUUGCAAAAACAUAUACCUGUUGACUCUUACGGCACCUGCUUACAAAACAAGAAAAUGGCUCGAAGACUAAGAUUCCACGACAACAUGGCCCCACUAGACGACCAAGAAUUCUUCCGAUUUGCAGCGCGUUACAAGUUCGCUUUGGCUAUGGAGAACUAUGUUUGUGAAGAUUAUAUUACAGAAAAAUUAUGGAGACCCCUACGUCUCGGAUCAGUACCAAUUGUGUUUGGUGCUCCUAAUAUUAAAGAAUAUCUCCCAUCCAACAACUCUGCAAUCGUCAUAGAGGAUUAUGAAGACGUAGAAGAUCUCGUCCAAUAUAUUCGUUUGCUUGACACCAACGAUAAGCUGUACAAACAGUAUAUGACUUUUAAGGAUGGGCCACUUGAAAAUCUCAAGUUAAAGCAAAUACUUCAGUCUAGGGAUUGGGCACCAGACUUCUGUAGUAAAUCUAUUCCAAAAUUUAUGGAUCAUCAAAAUAAACUAUAUAACUCAAUUUUUACAGGGUACGAGUGUUUUGUUUGUGAUAAAGUACAUGAAUAUAUUAAAUCAGGUGGCAAAACAGUAUUUAAAGUUAAUGCUAGUGAUUACAAGUGCCCGUCACCUAGACGGUUUGAUGAGAGUGGGCAUUACAGUAUCCAUAAAGACACCUGGGCAGCGGAAUGGAACUUCGGCAAGCAUGAAGCCAUUGCAAUGCUCCUCUUGUACGAGAGUGGCAAAACUAUGUCUCAAAAGGAGUUCUACAAAUUUGUUAAAAAGACUAUGAACAGUGAUUAUUGAUAACAUUCUUUCAUCGCGAUUUAAAUUUAUUUUGUAUAAUCUCUCAAAGUCACAUACAUGUAUUCAUCAGAGACAGUUAUAUUAUGUACAAUUACCUGGUACAUGUAUAUACAUAUCUAAUAUUAUUAACUGUCUCAAAACAAAUAGUACAUCUUUUAUAAAAUAAUUAUAUUUGAACAACUUGGCAUAUAGAUUGGUAUUUCGGAAAAACAACAAUAUGACGAAACAAUGUCAUUGAAACUACUAUCAACGACAUAUUGAUUGAUUUAUUAACAACAUUGUUCAAGCUAAAUCAAGAAAUGGGAGUGUAAAAUAACUACACAUCGUUUCCGGCACUGUACAAAAGUUCAAACCUGUAGACCGCAGUAAAUCACUAAUUUUCAAUGGGCUAUGCAAAACUUGUAAAGCUGCACAUUUCCAUAAAGAAUAUGCACUUUUAUUAGAUAAAAAUAUUUGGAAUGAA